AUGAGGUUAGCUGAUUUGGGGAAACCUCUGAGCAGCAUGAAUCUUGAUGAGCUUCUCAAGAGUGUGUGGAGCGCAGAAGCUAAUCAGGGAGUAUGUAGUGUUGCUUCUGCCUCCUCCCUGCAUCGGCACUUGAGUCUUACGCUUUCUAGGGAUCUGAGCAAGAAGACUGUUGAUGAGGUGUGGCAGGAUAUUAUUCAACAAGGGCAGAAGAAUAAUCUUGAUAGGAAAGCCCAGGAUAUACGACCCGCUCUUGGCGAGAUUACACUGGAGGACUUCUUGGAAAAGACUCGGGUGGUUGCUGUAUCUUCUCCAGGGAAGAAAAACUCUAGUCCUCUUUUAGGACCUGAUCCAGUUGCAUUGCCCCCAAAAAAUUUUCCCCAGCAAGUUCAGUGGAUGCACUACCAGUUUCCCUCAAUUCAUCCGCUGUCACAGCAGCAGAAUAUGCUGGCUGUUUUUAUUCCAGGUCACCCAAUUCAACAGCCUCUUACUACAAACCCACUUAUGGAUGCAGCUUCCCCUGAAACCCAAAUGAGCAUGUCACCAUUCACUCUGAUGGGCACACAGUCGGACACUCAGACACCUGGACACAAAAGGGCUGCCCCAGGAGAUGUAAUUGAGAAGACUGUUGAAAGAAGGCAGAAGAGAAUGAUCAAGAACAGGGAAUCUGCAGCCCGGUCACGAGCAAGGAAACAGGCUUACACACAUGAGCUGGAGAACAAGGUUUCGCGUUUAGAAGAAGAAAAUGAAAGGCUUAAGAAACAGAAGGAGGUGGAGAAGGUAUUGCCGUGCGUGCGUGCCACCUCCGGAGCAGCAGUAUCAACUUCGCAGAACUAACUCGGCCCCUUACUAACUUCUGAUUUCAUGUAUGAACAUUAUGUAGAUUGUAG